UAACUUAACUGUAUCUGCACGGAAAUGUUUAUCCGCAUAGUUUGUAGUCAUCGAAUAAAAGUUUUCACCGUGGCAAAAAUGUUCAUACAUGAAAAUAAUAAGGAAAUCAGUAUUUUUAGCCAUACUUGCUUUGGUUCAUUGUGCACGGACAGUAUUGCACGAGUGAGUAUUACGUGAUGGUACGGUUCAACCUCAAACGCAAAACAAUAGCUUUGUUCCAUGGAGUUUCCAAACCAUUCUGCUCCAUUAACUAUGAUAACAGUUACUCUACAAAACUGAUUUUUCAUAUUUCUUUGUUGUAGGUUUAAUACUGAAAAGAAGAGCACAUUGUUUGUAUGACUGUGUAGAGUGACAUAAUUUACAGCAAAAUGUUUCAACUGACUAGAUUAAAAAGGUUCUUCCUUGUGUGCAAUGCUUUUGUGUUUGCUAUUGCUUUUCUCUAUUCUGUAUCCCAUACUUUAAAAUUUAAUUACAGUGGUUUUUCCGAUAUGUAUCCAUGCCACUAUUCCAAAUUAACACCUCCAGAGAAUGGAACAAAUGAACUACCAAGUGCAUGUAAACCUUACACGCCAGAUAAAAGCGCGUGUGAGACAAUCAACAAACAUUUUAGGAGUCCCAGAGACCCCAUUGAAACCCAAACAUGCCCAACAAAGCAAUAUCAAGACAUUUGCUGGUUUAAAAACGAUACUAAGCUUGAAUGUUCAUCAAAAGUGUGUGGCGGUGAGACUGUUUCUCUUGGAAGAAGAGACCUAAAAGAAGGUCACAUAACAACAUGGAAUCCUAUUACACCUUUUAACACUGAUAAAGUUUGGUCAUUUGUACAAGCUACGCUAAAAGAAGGAGAUACUUUCUGUUUUAUGAAGUGUGGCAGUAUUCUUCAAGUACUUGUGUUUCCACCACAGUUAUUCCUCAAGAAAAAGGACACAAAAGACAAGAGGAAAAUCAACAUCAAUGUAGUAGUUUUGGAUUCAGUCUCGCGAGCACAUUUCUAUCGUAUGAUGAAUAAAUCUAUAAAUGCUUUUAAGGACUUGGUCUACAGUGAAGAUAUUCCAGCCACAGCAUUGGACUUUGAAUUCUUUCAAAGCGUUGGUACUAAUACAUUUGAAAAUAUUAGAACUUUUUUCUCUGGAUUUUUUGUAGGUAAGGAUGCGGAUGGCAAGAAGCAAGUCGAACAACCCAAUGUUGGAAUGGAUGUCAUGUAUGGUCAUUUCCAGAAACAAGGAUACCAGACAAUAUUCCAGGACGAUCUCUGCUGGUAUGACUCCUGGGGAACACUGUUAAAUGAUAUCAAGAUUAGUGGCACUAGCUCACCUACUGCAGAAAGGUGGGCGCAGUAUAAAGAAAAAGCUGGCAAGAACAACAUCGACCAUUUUGGAAAUACGUAUUUCUCUUGUCAAGUUCUUCAACAAUAUGGAAAAACAAAUCCUUUUGGUGAUCCAGAGAAAGUUUGUUUAAAUGGUAGAUUUUAUGGAUCAUAUUUUCUACGUUACGUCGAGAGGUUUGCUAGYGGAGUAAGGACUACAGAUAAUGCAGCWCCGUUUGUUUCGUACUUACAUAUCAACACUGGACAUUCUGAAACUAGUAAAAGAAUCAGUAACAUUGAUGGCGAACUAGCAGAUUUCAUUUACAAGAUGGCAAGAGACCCAUUAACUUGGACGAUCUUUUUCGGAGAUCAUGGACACAGAAGAACAGCAUUUGCUCUCUCAACAACAAGUGGCAUUUACGAGCGUUACCACCCACUCUCCUUCAUGAUAGUACCAAAUAGAGUCGCUGAGAUAUUAGGCAAGAACAUAAUGGACGCUCUUACGAUUAAUCAAAAUCGUCUUGUUACUGUACUGGAUUUUCAUCGAGCUAUCAUGUCGAUUAAUGAUCAAAACAGACGUAACUCAAAGAAUCCUGAUGAAUCAGGUGUUUUUGCGGAGAUUUCACCGAGUCGCACAUGUAGUGAUGUUCCAUUGAUGCCUUUGGUAAAAUGCCAGUGUAUUGAAUCUGAGCAGAAAUAUGAUGAUAAUUCACCUAAGAUACAGUGGAUAGCAGAGUUCGCUUUGGGAAAGUUGAAUAACGAUAUACAAAAUCAAUACUCAGAAGGUGCAGAGGGUAAGAAAGUCAAUGGAUAUGGCAACUGUCGACGUUACAUCGGUACAUCAUUCCGCAACAUCAUCCAUACUAAAUCAGGAGCUUUAACUCGUUUCAAUCUUCAUGUGAAAGCUAACGGUCUUGAACAAGAAGAGGUUUUUGAAGUAGAAGUAGCUACCGAGGAAAGAAGGGCUGUGUUAAAAUCAUUUGAACGUAUAUCUACGUACAAUAUAUUUGAAGAUUGUGUCGACAAAUCGGUGAACAUUAAACUAUGUGCCUGUGAUCGUAAUAAAACAAAAAAUGGAUAUACGAAUCCUACUCAUGUAUUAACCAUACAAGAAAUGAAGUCUUUAGCAAAAACUGCCAUGUUUGGUCGAGAACCACAAAUCAAAACUCUUCAUGGAGACUGUCUUUUCCAAAUAACAAGAAACUAUAAUGAUGCUGUGACAAUAGUAGUAGAGGUAGCUAAUGCCUGUAAAAAAAAAACGUUUAAAGUUGAAGUAACUGGUGAUAUACACAACAUCUUUUUAUCGAGAUCACUACCAAUGAGUAACGUGGUACCUCCGAACACCUACACAUUUAUUUAUGUGUCAACUAAACAAAGUGUGACUCAUUUUAAACUCGAAAUAUCUAUCAGUGCUAGUAUUGUAUAGCGUACAACAUGACAGAGUUUAUAGAAUUCCUGUAUAGACCACAUUACCAAUGCUUAAACUCCAGAACACACGAGAGAGCUUAAUCCUGGAGCACUCUAACAAAGCAUGUUCCUGAAGUAUUUCAGGAUUAGUCGGUGGAGAAGAUAAUAUAGGUAAGUUGUAGUGCUUGGGAACGAGGUUAUUCCGGGCGAAAGCCCUUGGAAUUAAAUUCGGAAAAAUUAAUUUCCGACCUCGCUGGGAUUCGAACUCACGACCUUCGGAGUCGGUGGAGUAUCAGGAUUUUUUUGUCCUCUCCCCUACCCCCCUUGGUAACAAUUUUGUUUUUCUACUAUACAAUAUAUAUAGAUGAUAGAUGACAAAAAAAUCGAUAGCGCGCGCGCAUAAAAAGACAAGACACCAUUUAGUGUUUCCUUCAUUUAUUAGAGUGGUUAGCCUGUGGUAUUAGUGUGGUAUACUUGCAGUCCAUAUAAUAUGACAUGGUAUUAGUCUUUCUUGUAUUAUUGUUAUUUUUUCUUCAGUAUUAUAUAAACCAAUCUCAUACGCAGAGUCCUCCAGGUGCCAUAUCUUGCCAUAUAUUACCAAUAUUAGCUCAUUCUCUACUUUCGCAUCCCCAUAAUGCCUUGCGUCUUUAGGGGGUUAUCAAUCAAAAAACUGUCCCAAUUUGAAAGAUUUCUUAAUUGAAUUGAUACUAUACCUGCUUUUAUCUGUACAAUACUGAUUAUCAGU